AUGGCCGAUCAGCCGCACCCGUAUAAGAUUUCAGUUCCUGAUGAGAAUCUCCAAGACCUUCAGCAACGUCUGGCACUUGCCAAAUUCGCUACUCAACUGGAGUCCUCCGAACAAGAUCCUUGGGAUUUUGGAGCUCCAGUAAAAGAAGUCCAACGACUCAUAGAGUAUUGGAAAAAUGGCUUUGACUGGCGGAAGGCCGAAGCGAAGUUGAAUGAGCUGCCCCAAUAUCAAAUGCAGAUCGAAGUAGAUGGGUUUGGCAGUUUGGAUAUCCACUAUGUCCACCAAAUUAACAGCAACAAGAACGCGAUUCCACUACUUUUUUGUCAUGGAUGGCCAGGAGCGUUCAUCGAAGUCACCAAGCUGCUACCGAUGCUGAAAGGUGGUGAUGAUAGUCCCGCAUUCCACGUUGUGGCUCCGUCGCUGCCAAAUUUCGGCUUCUCUUCGGGAGUGACUCGUCGUGGGUUCGACCUUGCGCAGUAUGCCAAAGUCCUGCACACGCUUAUGAUCAAACUCGGUUAUGAUCAGUAUGUGACCCAAGGCGGAGAUUGGGGGUUCUGGAUCACUAGAACUAUUGGCCUACUAUACCCCGAGCACUGCCAAGCAUCUCAUAUUAACAUGGUGUUGGCCCAGCCGCCUAAGUUCACCGAUAAUCCAUGGGCAGCCCUGCGACACGCGUUGCUGCCGUACAAUGACCGGGAAAAGACAGGCCGCGAACGCACUGAAUGGUUCAAACAAGAAGGCUAUGGUUACAACCAACUUCAAAGCACCAAGCCACAAACCAUUGGUGCAGCACUAGGGGAUAGCCCUGUUGCCUUGCUGGCCUGGAUCUAUGAGAAACUCCACGACUGGACAGACUCGUAUCCUUGGACUGACGACGAGAUCCUGACCUGGAUCUCUAUAUACUGGUUUUCUACAGCCGGACCAGCGGCUAGUGUCCGCAUAUACUAUGAAGCUGCACAUGCCGAUAUGAUCAAGGGCAAGUCCUACACGCAGUUGGUUGCAUACAUCCCGCGUGUGAAACUGGCAAUUGCCCACCUCCCUCGUGAAAUUACCAUCAUUCCUUGCUCUUGGGCUGCUGGCCUGGGUCCGGUUGUUCAACAGAACGAGCAUGCCCGUGGAGGUCACUUUGCCGCCUGGGAAGUUCCUGAAUAUCUCGUGCAGGACUUGCGGGCAAUGUUUAACAAGAAUGGACCUUGCUACGGGGUUGUUUCAGGAAAAGAUGGAUACUGA